AUGUGUGGAUUCAAGGCUUUUGCUGUUGCCGGUGCUGGAGACAUCGGUCGAUUUAUUCUUGAGGAGCUCGUUCGUCAUGUUGCAGAUGACAGCGUAACGACUAUAGUCGCGCUUACGCGCUCGAGCACGGGAUACGAUGAUUUGGAAGCGAAGGGAAUUGUGUUCAAGACAGUCGACUACUCGGAACCUACCACUCUGGUCUCUGCUCUCCAGGGCAUCGACGUUGUCAUCUCCGCCAUUACUCACAAUGCCCUUCCCGCCGAGUUCCCCUUGGCAGAUGCAGCUAAGGCUUCCAGAGUCAAGCACUUCGUCCUCUCCGAGUACGGCAAUCCAUCGAAUGGCAAAACCUACGGCAUGUUCGAAUUGAAGAACCGCGUCCGGCAGUAUCUCAUCGCACUCGACCUCCCUUACUCGCAGUUCUUUACUGGCAUAUUCCCCGACUGGUGGUUCGACCAUCGUCCUGAGUGGGGCUUUGACCUGCCCAACGGGAAGGCCGUGGUAGGCGGUUCGGGGAACGUGCCUAUUUCAUGGACUGCUAGGCCUGACAUUGCCCGCUACAUGGUGUACAUCCUCACCCAUCUGUCGCCUGCAGAGCAGAGGAACAAGGCAUUUGCGAUGGAGGGCGAGAGGAAGACGAUCAACCAGGUGUUGGAAGAGUAUCAAGCACGCACUGGCAAGCAGCUCGAGAUCACCUACGAAUCAAAGGAGUUCUUGGAGAAGCAAGUCAAGGAGCACCCGGAUGACUUCGAAAAUGGACUUGUUCGGAUGCUGCGCCUGGAGUUCGAAAGGGGCGAAGGACAGACGGGGUCACCGGAGGAGGUCAACAAGUAUUGGCCUGAUUUCAAGCCUGCGAAGGUCAUCGACGUUAUCCCUAGCCUCUAG